GAGUGGCAGGGCGUGAGCGCCGCAGUGCAUGCUGGGGCUGCCCCCCUUGGGCGGGACCUAAAGCCUAGCCAAAGCGCGGGAACGGUAAAAGUACGGGGUCGCGGAGACUGUUCGCGUUCCUGGAGCUACACAAAGCGUGGUGACGUCCGAUACUAUCCUUGUGGUAACCGUGACCUCUUAUCUCUUCCCGAAUCCGAACUCCCGCCCGAGGAAGCCGCUGGCGUGGUGUCCCUGGCAUGUCCACACCCACGGGAAACUGGGGUCAUGAUGGGGGCCGGGCCAGCCCCGACCUGCGCUGUUCCCUCAGACAUCGGGAUCUGCGCCUGAAACGGGGCUUUAAACGGACCCGCCUGGAGGAUGGGAGGAGGGAAUGCCCAUGCGGAAAACCCAAACUCUUUUAAGAGGCACUCCGUGUUGCAAACAGACUAAAGAAGUAGAAGACAGCGAAAGAUGAAGGUAUUUCAGAGCCUUUGCAAGCAGCUCAGUUCCAAGGGGGGUUCCGUGGAAGCAGCCCACCGCGCUACUUUCUCCACUUCCUCUUAUUCCUGUGGCCCAAGGAAGAAAAACCCUUACGAAGAAGUGGACCAAGCCAGAUACUCCCGGGUAGUAAGGUCGGUCUUGGCAUGCCGAGAUCCGGUCCAGACCCCAGAAUCGCUGCUGGAGGAAGAUGAUUUACUCUUUGGACCUGUGAGUAAAGGCAAGCCCCCUCAGCAGGAUGAGGCCAGAGUUCCCCGGAACUGGUUUCCUAUCUUCAAUCCAGAGCGGAGUCUAAAACCAUGCACGGAGCCCGCAGCUCCUUUGAAAAUCCCUCUGCAAAGAAACUCGAUGCCAAGUGUGACUAGGAUCCUGCAGCGGACCAUGACUGCAAAACAGCUUUUCUACUUGGAGAGGUGGAAACAGCGAAUGAUUCUGGAGUUGGGAGAAGAUGGCUUUGCAGAAUACACGUCAAACAUCUUUUUGCAAGGAAAACGCUUCCAUGAGGCCUUGGAAAGCAUGCUGUCAGCCCCAGGGAGCACAAAUGAGGGGGAUGAAAAUCUGCUCCACUGUGGCUACCUCAGAAGCGUGCAGCACCUUCUGAAAGAUGUGCGUGGCGUGUGUGCACUUGAGAGCGCUGUGCAGCAUGGGACCCUGAAGUACACCGGGCUGCUGGACUGCGUGGCUGAAUAUCGGGGCGAGCUAUGUGUGAUCGACUGGAAGACAUCGGAGAAGCCAAAGCCCUUCCUGCGGAACACGUAUGACAACCCACUGCAGGUGGUGGCCUACAUGGGCGCCCUGAACCACGAUGCCAACUACAGCUUCCAGGUGCAGUGUGGCCUGAUUGCUGUGGCCUACAAGGAUGGCUCCCCCGCACAUGCCCACUUCCUGGACUCUGAGCUCUGCUCCCACUACUGGGCCAAGUGGCUGCUUCGCCUGGAGGAAUACUCUGCAAAGGACAAGAAGGACAAGAGCCUAGAUGGUCAGGAGCCAGGUGCUUGUGAGGAUGCAGCUGGAGCAGGCGCUGCUUUCCCUGCUGGGGCAGAGGGAUCACCUCCUCCCACUCACUGAAAGCCAAGCAGCCACAUCAGCAGAGGCAAGAGGGUUCCUUUGUUGAAAUGUGCUGCUGCCCACAGGACUGAGAAGCCAGAUGCAUCUGACAUCAGCCUAGGACACCAGCGCCGCCACCCUGACCAGAGGGCCAGCGGGACAGGAGGCAUGGGUAUCUCCCAGGCUCUCUUGGGACCUCCUUGUCCGAAUGCUCAGCUGAAGAUGGAGAGCCACAGUCUAGCCAGCUGCCACCCCAUAUCACCCUACGUGUGUUGUAGACUGAGGAUCUAUGUAUGUUUCUAUUAGGAGAAUAGGUGUUUUUUUGGCUUGUCUGGUUUUUUUCUUUUUCUUUUUUUUUUUUUUUUGAGACAGGGUCUCACUAUGUAGUUCAAGCUGUCCUCGAACUUGCGCUGACCCUCCUGCCUCAGCCUCCCUAGUGCUGAGCUGCAUACAUGUGUCUAUCCUGGGGGAAGCACUGCUGUCUGGCUGGCCUCCAGCACUGGUGGUUCAGUGGCUAGUUCCGAACAGAGUGGGAAGUGUAUGGUUUGUGGUACCCUUCGGCUAUGGGAAC